AUUUGAAUAAAGCUAAAAAUCGCACGAGGUCGCGAUUCACAGUGAACUGCACUUUCGAUGCAGACACGAGUUACACGAAGCAAGCGUGGGUACCGGAAUGCGAAAGAAUGCGGGGGCGAUGAUGUCUGGCCGACUCAUUACACCAGUCCCGGAAAGUCUCGAGCAGAACCGUAAGCGGUUGAACUGCAUGAAACGAUAAAUAAAAGGUGCAAAGAGACGUAACAACAGGAAGAGGCAUUCUCGAAUGCGGAACUGCGUUGCGUAUCGGUUCGCGAGAUAUCAAGCACCGUAGAAAAACCUGGACGACUCCCGAUGGAACGUGGAACAAAAUCAUUACGUCUCAGUGAUGAUCGAAAGAAGCAUACAUACAUCGCGUCGCGCCGACACGUACGGUUCUCGUAAAUUUUCUGCUGCUUCUCCGUUCCUAGAUUCCAACUUACAACAAAAAGAAAGACCCCGUGUAAUGCGUAUUUUAACGCACUUAUCUCAUAUAUCUUCAUUUCAUCGAAUUUUCAUCCGUCUCUUAACGGGUAAAAAUUUGACGAAGCGGAAAUAACGAAUUCAAUAAUGCAAACUUAGAAAGUAGAUAUCGAUGAAAAAGUUUGAGAAAUUUUAAUUAAACAGAUUCUUGCAACGCAUUGAGGAGAAAUAAAUUGAUUUCUCCGAUUAUUCGCAACAACUGACACGAGCAAAAUGCUUAUAAGUAAUUAAACAAUUUUAUGAAUCGAUAUGUCUUAAUUGUUGAAACAAAAUUAUUGCAAAAUUUGGAUAAAUACUUGAAUAGUUCGUGAUAUUUAAUUAGAUUAGUUGUUUCAUCUUUCUGAUAUCUAAUGUAAUACUUGUUUCUUACUAGCUUUUUUUACGGCACAAAAUAAUAAACUUAUUGUUGAUUUCAACAAUUUAGCGUAACACUGAUUACGAUAAUACUAACAUGAAUACAGAAAAUCAUUUCAAUUAUAACUGUUCAUUAUGUCUGUUUAUUUAUAAUUCUACUGAUGUUGUUCCCGAGUGUCUGAAGUAGAACGGUCCAUUCUACUGCGACUGCGACGCGUGAGCAUCAACACAGGUGUACGCGGACUUAAGAAUAUAUCUAUCGAUAUUCCAUUGGCUGUAGCAGCUGGCACGACCGUCAAUAUGAGUUGCGGAUACGAUUUAGAAUCAGAUACUUUAUACGUAAUGAAAUGGUACUACAAAGGUUCUGAAUUUUUUCGAUACGUUCCUAAAGAGUUGCCACCGACAAGUACUUUUGGAGAAUUGGGUAAUAAGGUUAUUCUAAAUAAAAGUGAUGAUCAUCGUGUAGUUUUAAGGGACCUGCAGCCAAACUACACUGGAAAAUAUCUCUGCGAGGUUUCUGGCGAUUCUCCAUCAUUCACUACUUUGGUAGACCUUGCUUACAUGCAUGUGGCUAACCUCCCGAAUGGCGAACCUCAAGUAAGAGUCGAGAAGGUGCGGUAUGCAGUGGGAGAUACUGUGCGUGCAAACUGCACUGUUCCUUCGGGAAACCCUCCGGCAAAUGUGACGUGGACUGUCAAUGGGGUACCGGUGAAUUCCAGUUUCAUAAUGAACGUAACGGACAAGCUCAGUGACAAUCAGCAAAUAAUGUGUAUCGCAGGAUUGGAUUUCGAGAUUAUACCAGAUAGCUUUAACAACGGAAGAUUACACAUUGUUUGCAACGCUAAUGUCUUUCAUUUGUAUAAAAAACAAGCUGGUGUUUUUUUGAUCGAGGAACGGCCACGUUUAGCAUCUGUACUAGGAACUCGGGAAUCUUCUUACAUUGGAGGUGCAGCAACACAAUUUAAAGAAUGGUUCUUGGAUGCCGCAGUUACGCUGUUGCUGUGCAGUUUUAGAUAACAACGAUGAACCCGUUAAUCACCCUAUACGUAUAUGACUGUAUCGAAAUGAGAGGGCAAAUUGUUUGUAAAAUUUUGAAAUUAAGUGCGACGAGGGAAGAGCGACAAAAAUUUUUCGUUAACAUAAAUAUCGACCGUAUGUUAUUCGUGUAAAUAGGAUAAAAAUUUAGCUAAUUAUCUACAUGUAAUUGCGACCUGCGCUGUCUCGUUGCAACGAGACGAAUUUAUAACCUGAAUAACAUGUCAUAAUAUUAUGUAUUAGAUCGACGAUGUGUCGCGCCAAAGUGUUCGAGAACUUAUUUCAGUACUAUUAUAUCGUGUUUUCUAUCCUCUGACAAUGAUUUUGAUACCUCUUCCGUAAAACAUUCCGUAAAACAUAACUGCCACACUGUAUCACAAGUUUCUAGGUAAAAGCUGUUAUUAUUUGUGAAUGAAGUUUUAAUUAAGUGAAAAACAAAUAAAUAAUUCACCUUCGUUA